AUGGAGGCGGUGCGGGCGCAGCGGCUGCAGCCCGGGGUGGGCGCCGGGCCCCGCGGGGCUCGGCCCGGCCUCACCGGGGCCCCCGCAGGGCUCGGACCGACACCGGCAGCGGGGUCGGGGUUGGGGCCGGGGCUGGGGCUGCCGCCGCCGCCGCCCCCGCUGGGUCUGCAGGGCCCCCCCGCGCCCCCCGGGACCGGGGCCGGGGCCGUGCCCGGGCCGCCCGCGGUGCUGCGGGAGGCGGUGGAGGCCGUGGUGCGGAGCUUCGCCAAACACACGCAGGGCUACGGCCGCGUGAACGUGGUGGAGGCGCUGCAGGAAUUCUGGCAGAUGAAGCAAUCCCGCGGGGCCGAGCUGCGCAACGGCGCCCUGGUGCUCUACGAGAUGGUCCCGGCCGCCAGCCCCCCCUACGUCUGCUAUGUCACCCUGCCCGGGGGCAGCUGCUUCGGCAGCUUCCAGUUCUGUCCCACCAAGGCCGAGGCGCGCCGGAGCGCGGCCAAGAUCGCGCUGAUGAACUCGGUGUUCAACGAGCACCCCUCGCGCCGCAUCACCGACGACUUCAUCGAGAAGAGCGUCUCCGAGGCCCUGGCGUCCUUCAACGGCAACCGAGAAGAGGCGGAUAAUCCCAACACCGGGAUCGGGGCCUUCCGCUUCAUGCUGGAGUCCAACAAGGGAAAAUCCAUGCUGGAAUUCCAGGAGCUGAUGACAGUUUUCCAGCUGCUGCACUGGAACGGGAGCCUGAAGGCCAUGAGGGAACGCCAGUGCUCACGCCAGGAAGUCCUGGCUCACUACUCCCACCGUGCUCUGGACGAUGACAUCCGAAACCAGAUGGCCCUGGACUGGGUGAACCGGGAGCAGAACAUUCCAGGAGCCCUUUCCCGGGAGCUGGCGGCCACCGAGCGCGAGCUGGACGAGGCCCGGCUGGCCGGGAAGGAGCUGAGGUUCCACAAGGAGAAGAAGGACAUCCUGCUGCUGGCAGCUGGCCAGCUGGGCUCAGCACACUCCUCUGGCUGCUGAACCCCAAAAUCCCACCCCAGGUGAUCCCAAAAUUACUUUCCCCAAUCCCGGCCCGUUUGCACAUUUGAAAGAAAUUUAGGGAAAAAGCUCCUGAAUGGGUUUUAGCAAGUUUCAUUCUGGUUUUUAGAGCUGCUCCUCGUUCCUUCAUUACUCCUUUGAGAGCUCCUUAUUCCCUAGGGAAUUUUUACACUCCUCUGAUUGCUGAACCCCAAAAUCCCACCCUUGGUGAUCCUAAAACCCUUCCCCAAAUCCCAUUUGCACGUUUGAAAGAAAUUUAGGGGAAAAGCUCCUGAUUUUAGGAAGUUUCAUCCUGGUUUUUAGAGCUGCUCCUCAUUCCUUCAUUGCUCCCUUGAGAGCUCCUUAUUCCCUAGGGAACUUUUUAUUCCCUCAUUCCCUACAGAUUUUUUUCCUGUCCCUUAUUUUUGGGGUUCAAAACAAAACCCAUUGGAUCCCCUCCCUCCUGCAGCAGAAGGGGACCAAUUAGAGCUCUUUGAUGAGCUCUUUAAUUAAAUGAGCGGAUGCCAACGUGUGCAAUAUCCAGAUUUAAUUUUGGAAUUAAAUCUGGGAUCAGCCUGCAGCAUUCCAGUCCCAAGCACAGCAGGGAUCUGCAGUUCCCCCCUGGAAUUGCCCUGGCUGUAGCCAAACAUCAGCAUUGGAAGGUUGGAAAAAUCUUGGAGAGUUUGUGGAUGAGGGAGGGAUUUGCACUAAUCAUUCCUUAUCCCUUGUAUCCGUAUGGAAUUUAGACUAUAUUUACCUUUAAAACCCCUUUUAUGGCAUGGAAUUGUUCAAACAGCUCCCAAGAAAAUGUCAGUUUAUCCAUGGAAAUUUCCAUUUUGCUCCCCUUUUCCCCAGCAGACUGGGAAUACAAACUGAAUUCCAAGCCAGAUUUCCUUUUUUCACCCCAGCUUUUAGAGCUUUUCCCACUUCUUAUCCCCUGCAGAUUCCACUGUUCCCACCCUCCUCCUUCCCUCUGCCUGACCACGGGAUAUUCCAGCAAUAAUCUUUGUUUUUAGGAUAAAAUUGGAAUAAUUCCAUUAUCUGUAGGUACCCCAUUUUUGUAUCCACGUCCUAACGAGCCUAUUUUGGGGGUUUAUAUAUUUUUUUAUGCUUUCUACAAACACUAUUAACGUUUGAUGUCGCUGGAAAUUGGAUUUAAAAGGGAUUUUUUUGGGGGGUGGGGGGGGUUGUGGGGUGUCAUUUUCCUGAAAUGUGGGAAAAAUUUUGAUUUAGGAAUAACAUUGUGUUAAUCUAUUCUGCACAUAAGGGAAUCCCUGAAGCUCCUCUCAGCACUUCCAGUGGCUUUAUGCUCCAAAUAAACAAAUCUGGGAGGACUUUGGGAGUUCCAUCACUGUGGAAUUAAAAAAAAUAAUAAUAAUAAAAGGGAAGAAAAAGAAUAAAAAUAAAAUAUUCCAUUGCUUGCGGGAUCAGGGCGCCAGUUUGGAGGCUCUGGAUCUCCGUGGAAGGCGUAAAAUUAACAAAAUUGAAAUUUUCUCAGUAUGGAGAAAGUCGUGCUCCUUGUUGAGGCGGUGGAAUUACGGGAUAAACACUGCUGUGGAUUUUAUACAAUAAACCCAGCGAUUUUGGUUAA